GGCAUACCUAAUGUGACUUAUUGAAAAAAGGCAAGACUCCCUAUUCUUGGAUAAAAAUCCGAGGUAAUCGGACCACAGGAGAAAAAGUUUUGAACAAAGACAUGUAGACAAACGAGCGCAGCUGAUUUCAACGAAGUUUUGUUUGCCAACGUGAUUUUGUUUAUAUUGGUUAUUGUAUAAAAGACAAGUGCAGGGGUUGAAUUGACGAGCACAUAAGAAAAGGACGGUGGCGCUUCAGGGAAGAGGUGCCGUGAGAAAGAUUUCUAUCUCUCUCACACAAUCACAGCCGCACCCGAGUCGCAUCUAGCAGCGUUUCUAUCUACCUACUCUGCAAUAGCAUGGCCAGAUCUAGUAAAGCGACUUUAGCGUUGCUCAUCUAUGGAAUCAUGAUGCACUACAGCGCUUAUUGCACGCCUAUUGGGAUGACUUUUCCCAAGAUGAGACUAGAGAAUGAUGUAUUUGACGAAGACGGAAACUCGUUAAGCGACCUGGCUUUUGGCACUGAUCAAAUUGCUAUACGUAGUCCUCCAUCUCUCACGGAUGACAUAUACACUCUAUACUAUCCACCAGAGAAAAGAACGGAAAGGCAUGCAGAUGGAUUAUUAGAUAGAGCCUUGAGGGACAUCCUGGUUCAGUUAUCUGCACGAAAAUAUCUGCAUUCUCUGAUGGCAGUUCGCGUAGGCGGAGGAAGCAGCGAGGAGGACGAAUCGGAACCGUUAUCAAAAAGGCAUUCGGACGGGAUCUUCACCGAUAUUUACAGUCGCUACCGAAAACAGAUGGCUGUCAAAAAGUAUUUAGCAGCGGUCCUGGGACGAAGGUACAGACAGAGAGUUAAAAACAAAGGACGCCGAUAUGCUUAUUUGUAGCGCUGACAAAACUACUCCCGACUGCCCUCCCAUGUGUACAUUCAAUCCCAAAAUCAAAGUCAUUCUGAUAUAACUGAUUAAUCAGUGGAUCGCGCCUGUGUUCCUUAAACAUGUAUUUAUGUAUGAAGUAAAGCCAUUAAAAUGAAUAUUUUACUAAUAACAUUGUUUUUCUUUUUGUACAAAAGCACUUGAAACUGCACAGUUAUACUUUGUGGACCAACCGUUUAGUUUCAUGUAUUUAGCUAUAAAUGUUGAAAGCAAAAGAUAACAAAAACCAUAAGAAAAAAAAAAAAAAAAAAAAAAAAGAAGAAGAAGAAGAAGAAGAAGAAAAAAAUGUGCACCUUGAAAGUUUAUGCGCCUGAUAUCUUUUCAAAUUCAUCAUCAUAUGCAGAAAAUAAAUAGAUUUUAAAAAGACAAUCAAA